AUAUUUCACACUUCAAUUAUGACAUAAUUGUGAGAAUUGAAUAUUGUCAGAGAACAACAUUGAAACAUAUUUUUCAGACCUAGUUAUGUGAGGCCACAUGUUCAGAUAAAAUAACAUAGUUCGUGAGUUCGAGUUCUGUAUAUCAGUGUUUUCAGUAAAAAAAAAGUCAACAAGAACUAGGUCAAAAUGAUGACUCUUCCAAAGUUAUUUGCCGAAAACAAUCGGAUAACAACACAACUGAUCAAGAAGCACUUGAAGGAAUACAAUCACUUGAUAAAAUGGAGAAAUCAACCUUCGGUUCUUGAAAUCGGAUACGGAGAUGGCGGAAGUUCUCAGAAAUCAUUUUUUCCUUACUUACCGAGAGACUUGAAGGAAUUUGUAGCUUUCGACAUAUCCGAGAAGAUGGUGGAGUACGCCAGAAAAAACUCCAUUCUGCCAACAAUGAAAAUAAAACAAUUUGACAUAACUACUAAACAACUUCCUUCCCAAUAUAUCAAUAGAUUUGAUCACAUUUUUGGGUUUUUUCUGAUGCAUAUGGUGAAAGAUCCAAAACAAGCAUUUAUAAAUAUGCACAAGAUGCUAAAGCAGGGGGGGUCUAUAUUUAUGACCUUUUUUGAACGAACUCCAAUUGAUAAUGCGCUCGAGAAAAUGUUGAAGAAUCCAGAAUGGAACACGUACGGAGUAGAAGAUUUGCUAUCACCUUAUUACAGUAGUCCUGAUCCAAGGCAGGAAUGGGAAAGGAAUUUGAAAGAAACUGGUUUCCAAAAUUACAAGUUCUUUGAAGAUAGUGGCUCCUUCCAAUAUAUCGACAGUGAGUUCGACAAUUUACUACUGUCAGUUUGUACGUUCCUACCGAACAUCCCUGAAGAGAAACAGGAACAAUUCAAAAAAUAUUACAAAAAAUUGGCAAGGACAGGAAAAUUGAUCAAUGUUCAGGUUGUAGAGGGAAAAGAAAUCAUUUCGUUCAACUAUAAAAUGUUCAUCACAUCUGCGUGGACAUCCUGAUAUGUGUUUUCCUGGAAUUUUCAGCAAUAAAGAGCGUCUGACGGAUUUAGUUAUUCCUUGUUCUUUGAUCCAAGCGAAGAAACUGUUGUGGCAAAAUUUUCUAAGGAUAGGUUGAGAAAAUUAUAUAUAUUUUGAAAGGAAUGUAUGAAGAUAAAGAAUGAAGAAUCCAAAAUCUAUUUUUCUCAAACAUACUAUUGUACAUAUUCGGAGUGAUUUUGAUUGAUAGUAAUUAUCACGGUAUCUUAUAGUUUGUAGAUAUUUUGUAUUAUUUUGUGUUCUGUAAUGUUUCGAUUUUUAGAAAAAAUUUAUGGUGAG